AAUAUUAUUUUUCGUAAACAGGUUAUAAUGGGCGGCGGCAGGAAAUCGUUCGAAUCUAAUUCACCGUCGAACCAAAAGGAAACCGUCGAAAAAUCCUUAUGUGUGCGAUCGGAUCGCAGAGAUCUGAUCCGUGAGUGGAUAGACAACAAACAGUCCAACAACUUGUCGCAUCAGUUCUUGACCAAUGUAAACRAUAUAAAAUUGUUGGACACGGAACAGACAGAGUACAUUUUAGGAUUAUUUUCAAACGGAGCAAUGCCAAUGGAAUAUACUAGAAAUAAAAAGAUGUUAGAUACACCAUCACUAGAACUGAUGACUGAAACAGCCUUAAAAGUAUUAUCAAAAAAUGAAAAUGGAUUUUUUUUGAUGCUAAGUGUCAUUGGCCAAGAUGAAUCCAAGAUGCAGCCCACAGGAUCGUUGGCUAUUCGCCUCGAAAUUCAACUUAUGAACUUAGUAUUUUUGGUCAGAAUCAUWCUGGUGUUGGUUGUAGAAUGUAGGUAUACAUUGCAUUUUACGCAUUAA